AUGUUAGUUCGUCGGGCGGCGGAGAAACCACGAUUAUCCUUAUGUUCAAGCAACUCUAUCUGCGUAACCCUUUUGGAUACAGAUUCAGUUAAUGUUGUAUUACUUCAAUUGCAGGGAAAGUUAGACAACAAUCCCAAGGCAUCUGCCCUGAUCGACAAGAUCACACGGACGCUCAAUACGAAAACGGAUACACCCACUUUGGAAUCCCUCUUACAGACCGCUUCGACUGAUAACUCCUCCACAACUACAAAAUCAGGCAAGAAACGACACAAAAAGAAAACCCACCACCCCACUGUACCGCAAGAAGCAGUUGCAGUGCAGAAUUCAAACACAGAUCAACCCAGUCUAGCACAUCACAAAUCUCAGCACGAGGAUAGUUCCGUACCUCCCGGAAAACUAAGCCGCAAUCAGCGUCGCAAAUUGCGAAAGAAACUCAAGGCGAGUGAGGCUGUCCAAGAAAACCAGACUGCUGUUUCUCAGUCCGGUGAAUCUGCCAAAGUGGGGCAAAAGCGACCUUGUCCCGAGAGUCCUGUUAGCACUGAUUCUAAAGAUCAGCAAUCCAUUAAAAAACAACGUACUGAUGGGAAAUCAGAACAGCAACCAGAAAUGAGAUCCGAAUCUAAGUCCGAUGAGCAGGUUCCCACCUUAUUGCCAGCUCCGUCUUCAGAAGAUUCCGAAAUCGAGUGGAAUUUGGAGGAUCCUGUGUCACUUGGAAAACAAGAACUUGAGACAAUCUUAGCUCCUGUUUCAAUAGAUGACUUUUUCAAGUAA